CCCCUCCCUCAAAUCCCCAUUGAGACAGCUCCCCAAAACCCUAGCCUCUCCCCUUCCCUUGCGCCGCCUCUCUCUGGCUCCUCUUCCUUUUUUUUUCUUUCUUUUCUGUGAGAAACGAAGCACACAAACCACCACCGCUGCAUCGACAUGGCGCCGUCGUUCCAAGCCGCCCCUCGCCAAGCCGAAGCCACCCGAAGAUGCGGCUCGUCAUCCUCGCCAUCCCCCUCCGAGGAAUCUGUCUGUGGCUCUCUAAAUCAACGGCGAGAUCGCCGUUUCCAUCUCUGACGCCGGCGGGAAAUUCGUCGGUUCUGGCCGCUCCGGUGAACCUCCGGUGCCACCGACCCCCUGUGAUGUUUCUGCACAUCGCCGCGGCGCCCCUCCGGCGAGGCCCAGGAUGGCGUGCUGCUGUCAUCUGCUUCACCACGACGGCGCGGUCGUCUCGGCACCGCCACGCGCCUCCAGGAGCUCCCCUCCUCGCCCAGUACCUCGCCACCUGGUUCCGUCCCGACGUCUGCGCGCACCGUUUGUUUUGUCUUCAGUCUCGACAGGUGCAGUUCGUCAGUUAACUGUUGAUUCUCCAGUUUCAGUUAUCUCAUCCGCGUCCUUGUGCAUCACCAUGUUUGGCUCGUAUGCCCCAGCAGAGAUGGUUCGGAAAAUGUUCG